CAUAGAACUCAGUGGGCAAGACAUUCGAUUCAUAGCUGCAAAAUGGCCGACCGUCAACCAACUGACUUUCCAGCGCUUUAAAAACGAUUUAUUGUGCACAUUAGCUAGAUGUACAAUAUCAUAGUACUUACUUAGAAAUCAAGAGCACCAACGAGUAUAUUUCUUUGUUAGCCACAUAACGUUACUUCACUAUUCGUUUAGGGGCUGUUGAUUUUCAAGUAGCCUCGAAUGCCAAAAAAACUAGGAUUUCGCACUGAAGCACUUUAGCCACAGAUGAAAGAGGAAAUAAUCGUAGCUUUAGUUAGCUAGCUCUAUUUCAUAUGUGAUUCCUGAGAAAGGAGUAUCAGGAAAGGGAACAGUAGUUCAUGGAAGACAAGAAAAGGAAGAAAGACGACAAAAGGAAAAGGGAAGCCUCUCAGAAGGUUGCAGAGCAAAAAAACAAAGUGCCAGAAUUGACCAAGCCCUUGUCCACCCAGUCUCCUGCCGCCCCCAGCUCUGCUUCCCCCAGCCCUGGACCCACCCCCUCGGCAUCCUCCUCCCCUGCCACCGCGGCUGCAGGCGGCGCCCCCCCUCAGGGCGGGAACAAUGCGAAGCGGCCGGCGGUGGCCAACGGACAGCCCCCCGCAGCAGGCACCCAGGCCCCCCAGCGCUACAUGCCCCGCGAAGUGCCCCCGCGAUUCCGCUGCCAGCAAGACCACAAAGUGCUACUGAAGAGGGGCCAGCCGCCGCUGUCCUCCAUGCUACUGGGGGGAGGCACUGGGGCAGGAGGGGGAGACGGCCCUAAUCCAACCAUGGCUGCUGCCUCAGAUUCCAGUCCAGGCUAUGUGGGUCCAGCUGCGCCCUCACUGCCCCUCACCUCAUCAUCCUCCUCAUCGUCAAUCGCUGCUUCUUCUUCUUCAAAUUAUGCAAAUUCCACGUGGGGGGCGGGCUCUGGCAGCCUGCCCUCCUCUCAGGGCAGGGAGAAGGUCAUCGUGGACGGCUCGGACCUGGAGGAGUGGCCUAGCAUCGCCACUGGCGACGGGAGCGGAGCAGUGGGAGGUGGAGCUCUAGGGCCAGGAAGCGGUAGUGAGUCGUCGGGGGAGGGCGGUGGUGGAAUGCAGAACAGCUGUGCCUCAUGGAAAGGUGGCGAUCCUGGCAGUCCUUCACCCACUUCCUCUUUCUCAAUGUCCAAUGAAUGUAUGCUGUCCGGCAGUGUGGUGUGGGGGUCUGCUGCCUCACAAUGUCCUGUAGGAGUGAAUGCAGCCCCAGGGGUGUCAUUGCCCACCAUUCCCAAAUCCUCCCCUCUCCCAGUGGGCCCUGAUGGCUCCCUUGGUGGCAGUGCGGGGAUCCCUGGUGCCAACUUCAACCCAAAUGCCAAUCCUUCCGCCUGGCCUGCCCUAGUGCAGCAGGAUGGAGCUGGGGCAGCUUCCUCUGAGGGUGCCCCCCCCUCUUCCCUCCAGAGCCAGGCUGGGUCUCUGUCUGCCAACAACCCUCCCCCAGCCCUGGGGAACCCACCUCUAGCUGUGAAUCAAUCCGCUCAUCAGCACCAACUUCACCAAAUGCAAUCCAGAGACAGAGAGCACCCAACGGACGGGGGGUGGGGCGGAGCGGCGCUGGAGUCCGGAGCGGGACCAAAAAAUGCGGGGACAGGGGAGGGAGCCGAUAUAGACUGUGGGGUAGGAGGCAACGGGGGAGACAACCUCUCUGCUUCCCAAACCUCUUCCUCCUCAUGGAGAGGCCAGCCUUUCCCCGCUGCUAACUCCAAAACGGGUGCCUCAAGGACUGAUGGUUGGGAAGGGGGAACUGCUGAGGGUGGUGGAGGCUCGCGGUGGGGGUACAGCGCUCAUGGGGGUAAUGGAGGGAAAGCCUGGGGUGCUGGAAGUGGGGGUAACACUCAGACCCCCGGGGUAUCUCAGGGAGGGUGGGGAGGAGGAGGAGAGCAAGGCUCUUCAGUUGGAGACUGGGGAGGUCAUUCAGGUGGGAUGGGUGGAGGUGGAAAUCCAGGAGGGGAGGCUGGUGGUGUCGGCGGCCGUAGCAGUAGCAGCAGCAGCAGUGGGGGCAGCAUCGGCAACCCCCCUGCUGCCUCUUCCUCUCCCAAAUCAUCCACCACUACGACAAGAGCUUGGGACAAUCAGAAGGGAGUUGGAGGGGGGGACGGAGGGGCAGGGGGGGACACAGGGGAGUGGGGGGGAGGCCAGGGCGGAAGAGGAGGUAAUGCUUCAUCCAGCGGUGGGGGAAACUCCAGAGGUGGAGGCGGCGGCAAUCACAAUCAACACCACGGGUACGGCCACCACCGGUAUUCCCAUCCCCCACCACCCAACCCUGAAGUGGCCUUACAGGCAAUGCUCAGCCGCAAUGACCUGGACCCGCGCGUCCUCUCCAACACGGGCUGGGGCCAGACCCAGAUCAGACAGAACGUGGCCUGGGACCUAGAACCAGGAAAAGGAGGUUCUGGGUCGAUUGCUUCAUCCAAAAACUCUUCACCUCCCAUUGGUCCGUCUUCUCAAUACUCCACUGGCUCUGCUUCAACUACUGAUUCUCCUUCCCUUCUCCCUGGCUCAGUUCCCAACCUGAACUCCAACCCUUCCCUGGGGACCUCUGGUAGCUCUGGGGAGGGCUGGGAGAGUGGUGGUAACAGCAGCAGCAGUUGCAGCAACUCCCUACCCAACCGAGGACCACCUCACCCGGGAUCCAACAUGAGGAAUCCUUCUGGUGUCACACAAUCGGGGUCAAUGACCACUGGAGCAGGUAUGGGAGGAGGAGGAGGAGGCCUUGGACCAGGCCAGGGGAAGCCUACAGGAUGCUGGGGUGGGGUAGGACCAGGGGAGAGCCAAGUAAAAGGAUGGGGGAACGAAGGGUCAGAGUGGGGUGGAGGAAGGGAACGCAGUAGAGGUGGUGGAGGAGGAGGGUGGGCCGAUAAUGGACAACAGGGUAACCAAGGUGGAGGUGGCUGGGGAGGCAGCCAGGAGGAGAAAGGGACAGGAGGAGGAUGGAAGGAGAUGGGGAGGGAUGGAGGAGGGUGUGGUGGACAGAGGGAGAGGGGUGGGGGGGACUGGGGAGAGCGAGAGGCCAAAUCAAGCAGUGGAGGAUGGGGAGAGGAUAGGAAAGGAGGUGGGGGAGACUCAGAAAUCGGUACGUGGGGUAGCUGGGACGAGGGAGCCCCGAGGAGAGCCUGGGGGACAGGAGGUACGGGUGGAGGAGGGGCAGGUGUGGACAUGGGGGGCUCCAAACCCCACCAGGGACGUUGGGGGGGUGGGAAAAUGCACCCGUCACAGAUGCCAAACAGCCAGACGGCCUCUCUGAAAGGCCCCAUGGCACAAAAGCAGCAGCAACAAUCACAGCAGCCGCUACCGCAGCAAGCGCUGGACCCAGGGGACAUACAAGGAGGAGGGGGCUGGGGGAGACCAUCGGGCCCCCAGGCCCAGAACCAAAGCAGCUCCGGCUGGACGGCCGGACCCAUCCCCAGCGGUCCUAAGGGAGGAGAGGGGCCGGAGUCCAGCGGGUGGGAGGAACCUUCACCACAAUUCAUUAGCAGGAAGAUGGACAUUGACGAUGGGACGUCGGCUUGGGGAGACCCCAGCCAGUUUAAUAACAAGGCUGUCAACCUGUGGGAGAAGAACGGCGCUCCAGCUGGUCAGCAGCUGCCAAUGCACGGCCAAGGACCAGGACCACCGCCCCAACAGCAGCAGCAGCAGGGGCCUCCAGCUCUACAGCAGCAGCCUGGGCCUGGGAGGCAGCCCACUGGGAUGGGAGGCAGGGACAUCAACCCUAGCCAUGGACCUGGACCUGGGAAAGCUCCAGGGAUGGCUCCAUCGUCUGGCUGGGAUGGUGGCUCUCCCUCAGACCCCCCGGUGGACAACGGCACCGCAGCCUGGGGGAAGCCCACUGAGACCCCCACCGGCUGGGGAGACCCUGGGGAGGACCCUGGUAAGAACACCUCUGGCUGGGGAAACCCCUCACCCAAUCCCAUCAAAUCUGCAGGUUCAAAGUCUAUGCAAGAAGGAGGCUGGGGUGAGGGAGACCAGGGCUCGGUGGCUGCCUCGCGUCACUCCAGCUGGGAGGAAGAGGAGGAGGAGGGAGGAGCAGGGGUGUGGAACAGCAUUGGGUCCCAGGGCAGCAGCUCUUCCUACAACAGUGGGGGCUGGGGCCAAGGUCACGGGGGCAAGAAGCCCAACAGCAAGGCUCCCCUGAAGAGUGGAGGAGGAGACUCCUGGAUGAACCCCAUGAACAAACAGUUCUCCAACAUGGGGCUCCUGGGUGAUGAUCCUAGUGGGCGGCCUCUGGACUUGGCCCCUGGUCUUCCUCAGGAUAAGAAGAUGGAAGGAGAGAAGCGAGGGAUGGGCCUGAACGACUACAAUGGAGAGAUGCGUAAAGGAGGGCAGAGAGGUGUGGGAGGAGGAGGGAUGGUCUACCGUUCACCUGGUUCCAAAGAGAUGGGGCCUGGCGACCCUGGGCCUUACUAUGACAAGCAGACCUUGCCUUUCACCAAUCAGGAUGGGUGCCUUGGGGAGGAGUACUCUCCGCCCACUGUCUACAAGCCCUCCCCCCUCUACAACCACACUAUCCCCCCUAGACAAGGUGGUCAUAACGUGUUUGGCAGCAGCGGUGGUGGGAUGCCCCCGUCCAGACACCAGCCCGGUGUGCCACCCAUAAACCCGUCCGCAGGGAUACGAGCACAAGUGCCUCAUCAGUUCCUGUCACCUCAGGUGCCAGGUUCCGUGCUGAAGCAGAUGCCGCCUCCCAGCACCAGCGUAGGUGGAGUCGGGGGUGGGGUGGGGGGUGUAGGAGGGGGCGUGUUCCCCCCUCAGCUGUCCCCCCAGCACAUCGCCAUGCUGAGCAGCAUCUACCCCCCGCACAUCCAGUUCCAGCUGUCGUCUAUCCCUCUCCCCCAGGCCUGCCAGCUCCUCCUCCAGCAGCAGCAGCAGAACCCCCAGCAGCAGCAGCUCACCUCACCACAGCAGCUCCAACAGCUCCUACAGAACCAGAGGAAGUUCCCCCAAAACCCACGCCAGCAGGCCGACCCACAACAGCUGGCCAGGAUUGUGGCUGUUCUCCAGCAGCAGAGGCAACAGCAGGGUGUCGGAGGGGGCUCCAAACUGUCCCCCUCUCACAUGGGAGGGGGAGGCCCAAAACUGCCUAUGACAGACUCCCUGCCCCAUCCAGGCAUGGGGGGCUCUGUGGACCUGCACCAGAAAACACAGGGCUACUCUGGGUACGGUGGAGGAGUGAACAUGUCUGGUCUGGACAUGGGCUCGGUGGUGGGGGGCCAAGGGGGGAUGAAGGACGUGGGGGGGCAGCAGUCCCGCUUCAAAUGGAUGAUGGAGGGUCACUCUCCUGCCCCCUCCCCUCCUGAGAGCCUUCACAAAAACGGUCCUAUGUCCACCCCUAUGAGGAGAGGGGGCUCUCCAUACUCCCAGUAUGACAUGAUGGGAGGGGAGGGGCUAGGUAUGCCCACACAGGGGGACAACUGGCACCGUUCUCCUGGGAACAAGAUUGGCUCCAAGCCACAAGGCACGUCCAGCUGGCCUCCUGAGUUCCAGCCCGGCGUGCCCUGGAAGGGGAUCCAGAGCAUCGACCCCGAGUCUGAUCCCUACAUGACCCCAGGGAGCAUGAUGGGAAUCCCUGGGCCGUCCAGCCUCAACGACACAGAGCACCAGUUGCUAAGAGACAACACAGAACCCAACCCCUCCCUGAACACCUUGCUGCCUUCACCUGGUGCCUGGCCCUACAGUGCCUCAGACAGCCCCCUCAACAACGCACACAACUCAGCAAAGUACACAGAGUACAAGACCAGCUGGCCCCCUGAGCCCAUUGGACACAACAAGAUGUGGAAGACCAAUCGCAACCAACAGUCCCAGCAGCUGCCACGCCCACCCCCGGGACUCACCAAUCAGAAGCAGGCCUCGCCGUCCCGUGGCCCGUGGCAGGCCCGUGGCUGGGGCAGCUCGAGUGGGAUCCAGGAAAGCAGAUAUGGCCCCGCAGGCUCUGCUUGGAGUGAUGGGGGGACCUCCAGAGGAAGCUGCUGGCUGGUGCUCUGCAACCUCACUCCACAGAUCGACGGCUCUACCCUCCGUACCAUCUGUAUGCAGCAUGGCCCCCUGCUGACCUUUCACCUCGGCCUGACCCAGGGCAGCGCUCUGAUUCGCUACAGCACCCCACAGGAAGCAGCAAAGGCCCAGAGCGCACUACACAUGUGUGUCCUGGGCAAUACCACCAUCUUGGCCAAGUUUGUGAGCGAGGAGGAGGUCGCUCGCUAUUUUGCACAUUCCCAGGCGGGAGGGGCAGGGUCCAGCGGAACAGCCGGGGCCCCAGGGUCCAGCGGAGGCAAGGGGGGCCCCACAGGGACAGGCACCAUGGGGGCCAACAGCAGCGGGGAGAGGGAACGAGACAGAACCAGAGAAGGAGAGGGCUCUGCCCCUGGAGGAGGUGGUAACGGAGGGGGAGGCGGCAGCUCGGGGCCCGUCAGCUCUGGCUGGCAGAGUUUAGACGGUACAGGAGGCUCCCUGGAUCCUACCCCCACCCAGGGGCCCGGCCUGAGUAUGUUUGCCCAGUGGAGCAGCAACGGUGCUGGGGGAGGAGGGGUGGCUGGGGGUGUGGAGCCCGGUAGACAGGGUUUGUGGGGAGGGAUGGGGGGUGGAGGGUACCCCAGCAGUAGUAUGUGGGGGUCCCCUGCCAUGGAGGAUCGACACCAGAUGGGGAGUCCUGCUGCUCUGCUGCCUGGAGACCUACUAGGCGGAGGGGCUGACUCUAUCUGAAUGACCACACCUAAUACAUGAACACAUACAUUACGAAAAAACAUGCACUUACACAAAUUCUCUCUCACACAUACACCCAGUGGUCAGUUUAUUAGGUACACCCAUCUAGUACCGGGUCAAACCCCCCUUUGC